CUUUGUAAUGCCCGCCAAAAACAGCUCAGGCCCGAGACUGCCCAUUCGUCGACGUCGCCAGGGCAAGCUCAACUUCCGCCACCGACCGACCACCGCCGCCUGCCGCUAGAAGGGAGGACUCGAAACUUCAUCUCUCGGCCAGAAACCCCCUCGACUCCAAGUUUGAUCUUCUCCGACAACGUAUCUUGGGUCAAUUGGUUCACUGUCGCCUCUGGGACUCUCUGGCCGCGACUUCAUUCUUUGGUCCAGGAGGAGUUGCCAGCUGCUCGGAAAAGAAGCUUCUCCUCACAGGCCAGCCCAACCCUUUUCGAGAUCAUUCCGCCUACCCAUCGACGACAGCAACCAUCCAACUCCAACCCCCAUCGCGACAACAUUCACCACACUCACGAUGCUCUCCUCCACAACAGCCCGCCAGCUGGCCCGGGCUACCCUCACCUCGCCCUCCACCGCCUCGUCCCUCUCCGCGUCCUCCCGACUCGUCGCACCUGCUGCCGCACAACAUAUGUUGGUGAUAAGGCGAGGCUAUGCGACGCCCAUGGGUCCCCCGCCCAAGGGCUUUCGGCAAUCACCGCCCAAGAAGUGGGACGAGGAGGAGGAGCGUACGUUUGACAAGUUAGGCAAGUACUUCUUGAUGACGGAGAUGGCGCGGGGCAUGUAUGUGCUGUUGGAGCAGUUCUUCCGGCCACCUUACACAAUCUACUACCCUUUCGAGAAGGGUCCCAUCUCGCCCCGUUUCCGCGGUGAGCACGCCCUCCGGCGCUACCCCUCGGGUGAGGAGCGCUGCAUCGCCUGCAAGCUCUGCGAGGCUAUUUGCCCCGCGCAGGCCAUCACAAUCGAGGCCGAGGAGCGUGCCGACGGGUCUCGCAGGACCACACGCUAUGAUAUCGACAUGACCAAGUGCAUCUACUGCGGGUUCUGCCAGGAGAGCUGUCCUGUCGAUGCCAUCGUGGAGUCGCCAAAUGCCGAGUAUUCGACCGAGACAAGAGAGGAGCUUCUUUACAACAAGGAGAAGCUGCUAGCCAACGGAGACAAGUGGGAGCCCGAGCUGGCGGCUGCGAUCCGGGCAGACUCUCCCUACCGGUAAGAGAGAGUGUAGGGACAGCAGGAACUGGCUGUGAGGGGGGCUAUCUGUGGUAAUGCCGCGUGGGAGAUGGCUGCAGAGCCAGGCGGGCGAGAGAGCGUGUAGGGCGAGGAUGGAUAUGUAGACUCAAAACACUGUACAUAAAUGAGAGACACAGACGAAUCUGAAGCUGUUAUUCAUUUGCUCC